CAAAAUGUGAAAAGUGAUUUGAAUCAAGAGAUACUUUGCUGCCCGUCGAUUCACAUAAUAAACUCUUCAGAAAAAAAAUUUGAACCGAUUCUGUUCCCCGUAUAAAAAGUCGGUUUUGCGCUAAUGAAUAUCUAGUGAUGUUCCACUCUGUAACUUAUUGAUUGAAAUCUUAUGCUUACCUCUUUAGAUUCUAUGAAGCUUUUUGUAGUGCUUUACGCACAAUUAUGUUUUUCAAUGAUAAUUAUUCUGAGGAUAACCUUAAUCGAACUCAAGAGUCAUGGACACGAAGUUAUAGUAAACGUCCUGUAUUAAAAGCAUUAAAAAGUACAAUUACAAGGACAACAACAAAAGAAUCAGCAUUACCUCAUUCAACAGAGGCAACAGGAAAUGAUACGCUAGGAUGGAAUAACUAUGAUAAUGAUCAAAGCUUUAAUGAAAACGAAAUUGAUCCAUAUGGCGUUGAAGUACGUUCACCAUUUGAGCGUAAUAUUCAUCGUUCUACUUAUUAUAAUCAAUCAAGAAGUCGUUCAGCAUCUACACCUUUAGCAACGCGUAACGAAUCGAAUCAUCAAUUAUCAAGAAAACGACACCGUAACGUUAUUGACACCGAUGAAGCUAAUUUCUCAGAGAUAAGGAUAGAAUUAAAACGAAUAAAAGUAGAAAUGAAACAAAUAUCCCUUAACAUUGAUGGAGUUUCAACAAAACUGGAUGAAUCUAUCAAUACGUGUAAUGAUUUAAAAGCAAGUUUAGCAUCAUUAACAAAAAUAAUGAUGGAAGUUUUAAACAUACAAAAAUUUGCAACAAGUACAAAUGUUCAACAGGAGAAUCGUCCAGUAAUUACUUGUAAUGGCAUAAAUUUAACAUCUGAUCCAAUACCUCCACAAAAACCAACGGCAUUAUUAUGUCGAUUAAUAAGAAAAUUAUGUACAAGUAAAGAAAUAAGUGAUGGGAUAAUUCCUGACGAACGCUUCGAAAAAAUAAAAGAAGCUAUUGGCGUCACUUAUUAUCCUGGUGAUAAUACAAAACUUGACGUUUUUUGGCAUGGAGAAGCUCAUGAUUCAAUUCUAGGACAAGCAAGAGCACAGCGAAGUAGAAAUAAAAGUUUUACAUGUACAAGAUGUAGUAACGGAUGGUCAUCGGCUAAAGCAACCGUUGAAUUUUACCAUCGAUUAGAUUGUGGUCGUGGUACUAUUCGAAUGUUAUUGCUUGGACAACAAUGUAAAAAAUGUGGAAAUAGAAAUGGAACGUAUUCUGAACCUGAUUUUCCGUCUGAUGUUAUGGAGAAAAUUUUGGAUAAUUUACAUCGUUGCAUAUGUGAAAAAUAUUAUGGUCAACCCAGAGUGAAAAAUCGAAAUCCAGAGAAUGCUAAAAAAAUGAAUGGGCCACACAUUAGGGAAUUAUGUGAAGCUUGUCGAAAAGGCAUUUGUAAAGAAGAUCGAGCAUAA